GGCGCCGCGCAGGCGUGCCCGCAGGCGGGCGGGAGAGGGCGCCUGCGCCACGGCCCGCCGGGCCGUGGGGCCGCGGCACACCGCCCUGCUCUGCGCGCGGCGUCAGCACCAAGAACAGCUCCCAGGUCCCCUCCGCGCCAGGCGGGGGAUCCGGCGGUGCCUCUCCCCGAGGGGGCGGGGCGAAGGGCACGAAUGGGCGGGGCGAAGGGCGCAAGGGGCGGGGCCUCAGCGGUUGCCCUGGUUACGGGGUAAACAAACUCGCCCUGCCCCGCCCCACGUGCUUCGCCCACCUCUUAGAAAAUUCAUGGAUUCACAAGAGGCAAAACAAAAUCAGCCAUUUGCAGACAUUUUUGAUGAAGAUGAAGCUGAAAAAUCCUUUCUGUUGUCCAAGCCUACUUGCAUAAUUGUCCUUGGCAAGCCAGGUUCUGGAAAGAAAACCUUAGCUAGAAAACUAGCACAAAUAUGGAAAUGCAUUUUCAUAGAAGCUUUGGAAGUAAUUCAAACAAAUAUUGAUGAAGAAACAGAAUAUGGGCUUAAGUGUCAAGAAUUGCUUUUUAAGGGUCAAAAUGUUUCUGAAGAACUGGUUACAAAAAUGAUUCUGAAAAAGAUUGAGUCAUCAGAAGCAUCUCAUUUUGGUUAUGUUCUCAGUGGAUUUCCUUCUCUCUCCGAGGAAUACAUGACUAUUUCACAACAAAUAGAGAAAAUAAAGAAUCUAAAACUAAAACCAGAUUUGCUGAUUAACAUUAAGUGUUCAGACUAUGAUUUAUGCCAAAGAAUAUCAGGACAAAGACAACACCCUGAUUCAGGGCAGGUAUAUCAGAGGAACCAGUGGGAUCCUAACAUUAUUGAAAAGCAUAAUAAACAGAAAGAUCAGCAUGAAGAGAAUGAAGAAGAAGAUGAAGAGCAGGAAGAAGAAGAGGCUGCAGAACAUCCACCCAUGAAGGCAGAUUUUUUCCAUCAAUUAGUGCAGAGGCCUGAAGAUUUUCUUGAAAAUGCAGAGGAAAGAGUUGGAAUGUACAAGGAUAUAAUGCUUCAUCCUUUAGAGGACUUGAUGGCUGAACAGGAUUGUCAAUAUCUUAUUGAACUGGAUGGAAAUCAACCACCAGAUGAUCUCCUUGUAUCAGUGGUAGUUCGACUUCAGUCUCUGGGUAUUCCAAAUGGAGCUCCUAUAACUAGACUUCAAAGCCAGGAAGAAGAAAUGCUGGAGGGACUGGAAAGUGAUGAACUUUUCCGGGUCCUGUCAUCUUACAAUCGAAUAGCACACAGAUGUCGAUGGCGUAGAAGCAGGUGGGGACAAGCAUGUCCUGUGGCUCUAAAGGAAGGUGAUAUUCUAAUGGGAAACCCAGACUUGGCUGUCAGUUUUCUAGGUAAAAUGUACAUACUAUCAUCCCCAGAGGCACUGAAAACAUUUAUGUUGAAUCCACGGCCUUACCUCUUGCCACCAAUGCCACUUCCUCCUUGUAAAGUGCUAGUAUUUGGUCCUCCACUGUCUGGAAGAACAACUGUUUGUAACCUAAUUGCACAGAAAUACAAAGGAAAGGUUCUUGACAUGGCCAAACUCAUUCAAAUCCAUAUGGAAGUAUUAAGAGAAGAAAACAUUGAGCAAGUGCGAAGGGAUACAGUGGAAAAGGCUAUAACAGCAGUGAAAAAUAAGUUGGAAUUAGAAAAGCAGUCUAAAGAAUCAGGUGAAAAAGGAGACCUGCAAGAACAUAGUAGUGCCAAAGAAGCAGAUGAUUCUGAAGAAACCACUAAUAACAGAGAGGGAUUAAACUUGGAAAAGAGAAAUUUGCAAGAACAUAGCGGUAUCAAAGAAGCAGAUGAUUCUGAAGAAAGCACUAAUACUGGAGAGGGAGUGAACUUGGAAGAGAGGAGUACUACAGAAUCUUCCCUUACCCAAAAAAGCAUGUCAGAGGUAACUGCUGACCACCCAGAAGUUCAAGCAAUGGUAGAAGAAGCCAUAAAAAGUGCAUCCAUCUCUGAAGUUACACCGUCACCUGAAAUAUAUGCUGAAGCACUGGAGAGAGCUAUUACAGAGCUUAUGAAGAAGAGCAAAGACAGGUUUCCUGGUGCUCCAGAAAAAGGAGGAUGGGUGGUGGAUAACUACCCUCUGUCAGUAGAUCACUGGUUAGCUUUAUCAGAAAAAGGACUUCUACCUGACACUAUAGUCUGUCUGAAGAAUACAGAAAAAGAUGGAGCCUGUAUACUACACAGAACAUACUUAGCAAAUAGGGAUGAAAUUAAUUCUAAGAUUUUGAGAAGACUAACAGAUGAAGCAUUAAAAAAGAAAGAAGAAGAAGUAAGAAGAAAAAUGCAAGAAACACUGGCAUCAGAGGAAAAGCAGUUUCUAGGAGCUGAUGAAGAUGAAGAUGAAGAUGAAGAAUUUGAAGACAAUGAUGAGCAGCUUCCACCUGAAACUGAAAAAAUAUCCCAGGAACAGUCCAGUGACUCUGCACAUGAUGAAGGAGAAUCUAAACCUACAGAAAUCAUACUACCUGAGUUUGCAGAGGAUGAUUUCCCAGAUAUACCAGAAAUGGAAAUAAUUAAAAAGAAGAUUGACCUUUUCAUGCAUGACUGGCAAAAAGUGGAGUCAGAAAUCAAGCUGUCAUCUCAAGUUCAGAUUGUUGUUUUAGAGAUUGCUGAGCAAACUCCAGAAAGUCUGCUUAAUGAAAUUGUGUUGUUUAUGGAAAAACCUUUUAAAUAUCAUGGUUGGGAAUUAUCUGCUGAAGACUUAAAUGAGGAAGCAGAAGAUCUGGCUGCUGCAGGAGAAGAUGAAGAAGUUGAAGAAGAAGAAAAUGAAGAUGAAGAAGAUGAAGAAAAAACUAAGGAAAAUCAAAGACAUAUGGGAGACACAAAACACUUCUGUCCAGUCAGCCUGAAAGAGAACUUUGUCCUUUACCCGGGAGACACUGAACAUGCAGCUAAAUAUCGAGAAAAGAUUUAUUACUUUUCAACUUCUGAGUACAGAGAUAAAUUUCUCAAGAACCCUGAGGAGUAUGUGGCUCACAAUGAACCAAUACAAGCUCCUCCCUUACGAGUGUGCUUACUUGGGACUCAUGGAUCCGGUAAAACUACUUGUGCACGACAGAUAGCAGACAAAUUAGGCAUUUUCCAUAUUCAAUUUGAAGAAUAUCUGCAGGAAUUGAUCUUACCCAAGACUAAAAAGAAAAUUGGGCCCCAUUUUGAUGAAGAACCUGAAGAAGAUGACAAUAAAACGCCAAUUCUAUCACAGGAACUGGAAGACUUGUCUCAGCCCAUGACUGAAACUGAGACUAAAAAAAGCAAACAGGAAGUGGAGUUAACUGAUGAGGAAAAAGCAAUCAAAGCAAAUCUAAUGGAUAAUGACGUGCUGCCUCCAGAAGUCCUUGAUAACAUUGUUCUUGACUGGUGGAAGAAAGAGCCAUUCCGGUCCACAGGAUUCAUACUGGACGGUUUCCCUCGUAAUUUAGAUGAAGCCCAGUAUUUGUCAACACGAGGUCUCUGUCCUGAUGUUGCAGUUUUUAUUCAAGUAGAAGAAAGUGAUGUUCUUGACCGUCUUCUUCCUCCACGUCUGGAAAAAUGGAAAGAAAGACAGCAUAAGAAAAUGCAAAAUAAAAAGAAAGUGAAAGACCUGAAAGCAAAAAUAAGGGAUGAGAAGAUUGCAAGAAGAAGGGAAGAACUUGUAGCAGAACAAAACAAAAAGAAACAGGAGGCUUUAGCAAAGAAGGAGCAUUCUGAAGUCACUGAAGAGGAAGAUGAGAAUGAAAAUCAGGAUAUUGAAGCUAUACUUGAAGAAGAGUUUCUAGAAGUAGAAGAAGAAGCAGAAGAGGAGGCUGAAGAAGAACAGGAGACUGAUGCUAUUGACCGCAUGCAAAAUGAAAUCACAAGAAACUUUUAUUCAGAAAUAGAGCAGUUACAAGGUGUACAGGAAGAACUUAAAAAUUUUUUGAUACCACAAAUUGAGAUCGAUGGAAGACGGAAGCCUCACAUCGUACGCUACCAAAUACAUAGCAAGCUGAAUUCUCUAAUGGAAAAUCGUGGAAGCAUUUUUGAGAAAUGUUACCCAAUAAGUUUGCCACUUGCACAGAAGAUGCUAGCUUUCUCAUAUAAAUUUCCAAGUUCUUUUGGUCAGUGGGAUCCAGUCAAGCUAAGUGAAGGAGAUGUAAUGAAGCCACGACAAAGAGAUGAAAACACAGUCUUUCCUGUAAUACAUCGACAAUAUAUUUAUUUUUUUUCAAGUAAAAAAAAUAGAGAAACAUUUAUGAAAAAUCCCAUCAAAUAUAUUUGUCAGCCAAAACCUAAACCAUCUGUGCCAGUUAAGAUUGCAAUUGUGGGACCUCCAAAAUCUGGAAAGACUACAGUUGCCAAGAAAUUUGCAAGCGUAUGUGGGUUACUGUGCCUGAGUAUGGGAGAUGCCAUACGGUUCGUGUUAAACAAUCAGCCGGAGAGUGAGUUGGCACUGACAUUAAAGUGGCAUCUUCACAAAGGACUGACUGUACCUGACGAACUGGCCAUCCAGGCUCUAGAUGUGGCUCUGAUGAAUCACGUGUGUAAUACCACCGGAGUUGUAAUUGAUGGAUAUCCUGUAACAAAAAAACAAGUAAACCUCUUGAAAUCAGCUAGGAUAAUUCCAGUGAAAAUCUUUGAAUUAGAUAUGGAUGCAAAGGAAGUGUUCAGAAGAGCACUGUUGGAUAAGGAAAGCAUGAACAGACCACCCUAUCCUGAACAUGACAGCUCACAGAUUCUAGCUAUUAAAAAUUCCUGCUAUAAACAGCAAAUUGAUGCAAUCAGGACUUACUAUAAGAAGGAGCAUCAGAACUGGUGUGUGAUUGAUGCUUGUCGGAGCAAGUGGUGGAUCUGGAACAAAGUACUGCAGGAAGUUCAAGUGGUUGUUAAAGAAAUCCAGAUAUACCUGGAAAGAAUAAGAGAAGGAAAAGCAGCCAGCAUUGCUGAUUUAUGUAUCACUCCUGAAGAGCUGCAAUAUCGGCUGGGGGAGUUUGGACAGUACUGUCCUGUCAGUCUUGCAGACAAGGGUGAAUUGGUUGACUGCUCUGUAACGUCAUCAUUGCAAUUUGCUGCAGAAUUUCGAGGACACUAUUACAAGAUGGCUUCACAGGAAGAACUGGACAAAUUCUUGAGCAGACCAGAGGUUUAUGUGCCACCACUGGCACCUCAGCCUCUCCCAUGCCCAGAUAUGCUACCAAAGAAACUGACUGCGGCAGAUGUGAAGGCCUUAUUCCCAACAAAUGCUGAAAUGCAGGGAUACUGUCCAGUCACUUACCUAGAUGGAAAACAGAGAUAUGAAGCUUUGGUGCCUGGCAACACUGAGUACGCAGCAAAAUAUCAAGAUAAGCUAUACAUUUUUGAAAGUGAAGAAAAACUUCUGAAGUUUAUGAGGUUACCUGAGAAGUACUGGAAUUUGAAGCUUCCUCGUAAACUCCCUCCAGUAAAAGAGCCACUACUACUCACUGCGCUUCCUUUGCCUGGAUACCUUGAACAGGGAGCAGCGACUUCUCUAAUAAAAGCUCUGAGUGAUGUAGGCUGCUUAAAACCAAAGUUUCCAUUCCUCAGUGUAAAAAAAUCUGCUCUGCUGUUCAUCGCCUGCCAUUUAAAAGCGCACAAUCCCCGGAGCCCAGAGCCAGCACGGCAGACGUACCAGAGGAGGCUUGCGCUCUUGAAGGAGCACUGCCAGCUCAUCCCCUACCUGGCGGAGACCAUGGCGGGCCCAUACCAGGAGCCUCAGCACAGGCCCCUUGGCUUUGCCAGCAGACUACAGACUUUUCUGUCCAUGAAGGACACCGGCCCCAGUUUCGUGUAGCGUGAGCUACGCCACUGAGUUCUUCCUUUCAUCAAUGCCAUCGGCUGCCGUGCUGCUGGGAUAAGGCUGGCGAACAGCAUUGCCCCGUCCAGGGCCACUUUCUUAA